CGGCUCAGCGUCAGCACAGCUGGGCUCGUGAGGCCAAAGUGGCCGGGUGGGCGGCAGCGGGCGUCCAAGUUGCGGGCUCCGAGCGCCGCCUCCCCCGUCGUCGUUCCCCCCCCAGUUCGAGCUCUCUCCCGCCGAGCCCCCGCGGACCCGCCCCCCCCCCUCGGGCUCGCUCCGGGCGGGGCGCGAACCCGCAGCCCGCGCGGCCGCUCAACUUCGCAGGGCCCAGGCAGCAGCCGCGCGGUGGGCGAGCUUCUAGCCUCCGCCGCAACCGGUGGCUCCGGCCUCCCCGGCGCUUCGGCUCGUGAAGCGCCGCCGCCGCCGCCGCCCGACCCCCUGCGCGGAGCCGGUCAGCGUCCCGAGGCCACUGGGCAGGAAGAUUCUGGGACCAGCUCUUGAAUUUCUAAGGAUCAGAAUUUGCUCAGCAUCCUCACUGUUAACCACUUUGGUUUCAUCUGUGAUUCAAGCUUAUUUGGCUGUUUGUUGUCUUCUGCUCUUGUCCAGUACCAUCUGUUGCUGAUACAGAAGGACUGCAGGAACAGAUCCUUGGAUGCCCGCUGGACAGAAACUUGAAACUUGAGAUCAUCUUCAUAUCAUAGCAGAGCCUCAACCUGUUCAUUAUUUGGGGAGGAGAUAGCCCAUGUGCUGUGGAGAUGAGUGGGGAGCAGCAGCUGGAUGCAGAUUCUGGGCCUGGUGCAGAAGAAGAAUUCAGCUGGGAGGAUUAUCUAGAAGAGACAGGCUCCACCACAGUUCCCUAUGCAUCGUUUAAACAUGUGGACAUACGUUUGCAAAAUGGCUUUGCUCCUGGGAUGAAGCUGGAGGUAGCUGUGAAAAAAGAUCCCGAAACUUACUGGGUUGCCACUGUUGUUACUGCCUGUGAGCAGUUACUCCUACUCCGUUAUGAAGGCUAUGGGGAAGACCGGAAAGCAGACUUCUGGUGUGAUAUCAGGAAGGCUGGCCUCUACCCCAUUGGGUGGUGUGAGCAGAAUAAGAAGACCCUUGAAGCUCCAGAAGGCAUCAGAGAUAAAGUGUCUGAUUGGGGUGCAUUUCUAAAGCAGACCCUGAGAGGAGCCUGUAGUCCUCCUGUGUCUCUGCUAGAGGGCCUCCGUCAUGGAAGGAAUCCUUUAGACCUCAUUGCCCCAGGAUCCAGACUAGAAUGCCAAGCUUUUCAGGACUCUCUAAGCACUUGGAUUGUCACUGUUGUUGAGAACAUUGGGGGACGGCUGAAGCUGCGUUAUGAAGGACUUGAAAGUUGUGACGGUUUUGAACACUGGUUGUAUUACUUAGAUCCGUUUCUUCAUCACAUUGGUUGGGCUGCUCAGCAAGGAUAUGAACUUCAGCCCCCACUAGCCAUCAGGCACCUGAAAAAUGAAGCUGACUGGCAAGAGAUUCUGGCCAAAGUAAAAGAGGAAGAGGAAGAGCCAUUGCCCUCUUACUUAUUUAAGGAUAAGCAAGUUAUUGGAACCCAUGAAUUUUCUGUAAAUAUGAAAUUGGAAGCUGUGGACCCAUGGUCUCCCUUUGGGAUUUCUCCUGCUACAAUUGCUAAGAUUUUUGAUAAUAAGUACUUUCUGGUGGAAAUGGAUGACCUUCGACCAGAAGACCAUACAAGGAGAUCAUUUGUGUGCCAUGCUAACAGUCCUGGCAUCUUUCCUGUGCAGUGGAGUCUAAAGAAUGGUUUACACAUCAACCCUCCUCCAGGCUUCCGGAGCCAGGACUUUGACUGGGCUGACUACCUCAAACAGUGUGGUGCCGAAGCUGCCCCCCAGAAGUGCUUCCCUCCGUCAAUUUAUGAGCACCAGUUUAAGAAGAACAUGAAAGUGGAGGCAGUGAACCCUCUUCUCCCUGAAGAAGUCUGCAUUGCCACCAUUACUGCCGUGAGAGGCUCUUACCUGUGGCUCCAGCUAGAAGGUUCUAAGAAGCCUAUACCUGAAUUUAUUGUAAGUGUGGAGUCGAUGGAUAUAUUUCCUUUGGGCUGGUGUGAAGCCAAUGGCCAUCCUCUCAGUACUCCUCGUCGGGCACGAGUGCAUAAACAGAGGAAAAUUGCAGUGGUUCAGCCAGAAAAACAACCCAGAAUACUGUCUUCAAGAACUGUCCAUGAGGGCCUGAAGAAUCAGAUGAACUCCACAUACUCAGUGAUGACCAAUGGAAAAUAUUGUUGUCCAAAGAUAUACUUCAACCACCGUUGCUUCUCAGGGCCAUACCUUAACAAGGGAAGAAUUGCUGAGCUGCCUCAAUGUGUAGGUCCUGGGAACUGUGUUCUGGUACUUAGAGAGGUCCUCACUUUACUUAUCAAUGCAGCCUACAAACCCAGCCGUGUCCUUCGUGAGCUCCAGCUGGACAAAGACUCUGUGUGGCAUGGAUGUGGGGAAGUCCUAAAAGCCAAAUAUAAAGGAAAGAGUUACCGAGCUACUGUUGAGAUAGUGAAAACAGCGGAUCGGGUGACUGAAUUCUGCCGGCAGACGUGUAUCAAACUGGAAUGUUGCCCUAACCUCUUUGGUCCACGGAUGGUUCUGGAUACGUGUUCUGAGAACUGCUCUGUUCUUACAAAGACUAAAUACACACACUAUUAUGGAAAGAAGAAAAAUAAAAGAAUUGGAAGGCCACCUGGUGGUCAUAGUAAUUUAGCUUGUGCCCUGAAAAAAGCCAGUAAGAAGAGAAAAAGGAGGAAAAAUAUUUUUGUUCAUAAGAAGAAACGCGCUUCUGCAUCUGUUGACAAUACCCCAGUGGGCUCACCCCAGGGCAGUGGGGGUGAAGAUGAGGAUGACGCGGAUGAGGGAGAUGAGGAUUCGCUAAGUGAGGACAGUGCAUCCGAACAGCAGGAUGAAUUACAGGAAGAACCCGAAGUGUCAGAAAAAAAGUCAUGCUCCCCUUCUCCCCCCCAGAACGAGAUGCCCACCCCACUACCCCCAGACACAGAGAUGAGUAAAAAAGAACUCCGCACUCCUUCAUUCUCAGAUGAGGAAAAUAAGCCUCCUUCACCAAAGGAAAUAAGGAUUGAGGUUGAUGAAAGGCUUCACCUGGACAGUAACCCACUGAAAUGGAGCGUGGCAGACGUUGUGCGGUUCAUCAGGUCCACUGACUGUGCUCCACUGGCAAGAAUAUUCCUUGACCAGGAAAUCGAUGGGCAGGCCCUUCUGCUCCUUACCCUGCCCACUGUUCAAGAGUGCAUGGACUUAAAGCUGGGCCCUGCCAUCAAGCUUUGCCAUCACAUAGAGCGGAUCAAGUUUGCUUUUUAUGAGCAGUUUGCCAACUGAGAAGGACAAGCAGAGUGAGCUGGGUCUUUGAAGCACAGUGCAGCAAACCCUUGACCAUGCUCUGCAGGUGGCUGCAGUAGUCCUGAAGCGGACUGUCAGCCCUGCAAAUGUUGGCUUGCUUUCUUUGCACUUUCAGGGAAGGAGGACCCACCCUGUGGAAGCGAAAACAGCACAGAAACGACUGUUCUACAGUGGAAAUACGGACUUCUGUUCAGAAGGUUGCAGUUAAAAAAGUUGUGAGAAGAAAAAAAAAAACUUAAAAACAUGAAUUCCCAUUAAUGGGAAAACAGAGAGUGAUCUGGACAGCACCAGUUUGGUUAUUUUCAUUCUGUUCCUUCCCACUGUAGAUUGAACUUUGUUCUCUGCUUUCUCUUUCUUGAAAAGAGGACACAGCUUUAAGUCAGCACUGAUUUGGGACUGUGCCUAUGGCACAUCAGUGCUUCAUUGUCAUUGUGUUUUUAAGCUUUUUCUUUUUCUUUUUUCUUAAAUUAAAGCAGUUCAUUUUGGGGAAGAUUAUGUGGCUCUAAGGUUUUGAAUGUAUAGUCACACUUUGAUCCAUUUUAAAAUCUAUUCUUAGGAGUUCCUUUGUUUACUACCUCUGUUGAUGACUGCGCUUACAGCCAUGAGUGACAUUUUUGUAUGAUGCCAUUUUUAAGCUGAAUGCUAAAUCUGUGACAGAAGUUAGAGAAGGCCCUGUCUGCUUUCUUAAAGAUAUCCUUUGGCACUUACCCCAAUCCCUUAACCAGUUUGUCCUAAGAAUUCUACUGUUAUUUCCUUCAUCUUGACCCAGGUUUGGCCACCUUUGUUAGGCGGCCUCACGAAGGCUAAUGUAUGGUAUUUCAGUUGAAUUACUCUCUCCCUAUUAGUUCUGAAAGAUAUAUAAGUGGCUUUUAUUUUAUGUUUACUUUUCUCUAGAGCUGUUUGACUACCUCUGUUUCAUUCUGGAGUCUCCACUCUCAGUGAAGAUCAGUAGGUGUUGUUGGGAUCCACUGUAGAGCCCGUUUUCCCAAUUUUCUAGAUGUGUCCAGGUAGAAGCACAGCAGAGAAAAUGUGGCUUUGGGGGUGGCGCAAAGUAUGGAGGUUGUUAGCAGUGUCCUCCAUGAUAAGUAUUGAGAAGUAGUUUUGGAGUCUAUGACCGCACCACCCCAAAUGUCCCAGAUCUUGUCUUAUCUGGAAAGCCAAUCAGAGUUGGUUGGUACUUCGAUGAGAGAGGUGGUGGAGGAGUCUGUAAGCCUUUGUUCAGCCAUGUGUAUACCUGUCUGCAGUUAAACAAUUUAAAUUUAAUGUAAUUUACAGUCUGAGGAUUCUCAUUCAGUAGCUCAUUCUUUGAAUUUUUUUUUUCAAUUAAACUCUAGUUGACAUGAAACUCUAGGUGAAUUUUCACUUAUAAUGGCAUUGUUAGCUAUUCUAGAAGAAUAGCACUUGCUAUACUGUAGCCAUGAGUAAGGAAAGACAUACAUACACAGGUUGCCUCCUUUAAAUGUUUUCCUUGUUAAUUAUUUAUUUAUUUAUUUAUUUUGGAGUUACCCUAAUCUCUCUACAGAUUUAUACCCUAAGCAUUUUUCCUCAAGAAUUGAAAAUGUUUUAAAACUGCAAACUGAGUAAAUUCUGAACAACUAUACAAAUAUAAGGUAAUAUUACAAAUUUAAAUUGUGAUUUUUUUUUUCUUACCUCAACCCCCAUUUGUUUUUAUGGACACUGGGAAAGUCUGUAGUCUGGAUCCUGUUCUUCAUUGGAUAACUCUUGAACCACCUUAAUUGAAGCCCUCCAGCCAAGUCUUCACACAGUAACUCUUCAUAUUGUUACCAACAGGUGUAUCUGGAAGAAGCUGCCGCAUCUCAGUCACAGCUCAUUAUUUGAGCUUACUUAGAGAUCCAGCUUUUAAAAACUUGAGUGGUUCAUGACCCUGGGGGAGAAGCAUACUUGACACUCGGAAACAGCUAGUAUUGACAGGCUGAUUUGGAGUGGCUGUCUUCCUAGAAUUUCCCCAGACCUCCACAGUCAAGUCACUAGUACAAAAGGGGGGCCUCCUAAAACCUAUGCCUGUAGGAUCUCACAUUGUUGUCUUAGUAAAAGGAAGGGUGACAGCGGUGACUGUGUCAUUGUGUCUCUCUUCGUGACCUCAAAGAUGACAGAAUGUAGAACUAGCAGAGAUGACAGGUAUUGUGUCUGAAAAGGUGAAGCACAUGGCCUUACAUAGUCCUGAGUAGGGGAGGGUUGGAACACAACAGUCUUGUCUGACUGUACCAUAAUUAUUCAGUCUCUCCUUUCUCUGUAGAAAGGCCAGUCAUAAAUUAGACAAGUGAGGAGGGUAUCCUUAAGUGUUCCUUACACUCUUAUUUGGAUACAGUGUACUUGAUAGUUACAUUAAAGAAGAAUUAUGGAGCCCAGUGUGGUGGUACAUGCCUUUAAUCCCAGCACUCAGGAGGCAGAGCCAGGCGGAUCUCUGUGAGUUCAAGGCCAGCCUUGUCUACAGAUUGAGUCCCAGGACAGGCUCCAAAGCUACACAGAGAAACCCUGUCUCAAAACAAAAGAAUUAUCAACCCCCAUCCCCCUUCCCAGUUGUCACACAUAAAAGGAUAAUUGUAUGAGAAUUUUGCAGAGGACUUUUUAAAGUAUAAAAUUCCAAUCCCAAAUUGGGUAUGGUGAUACAUACCUCUAAUCCAAUCACUUGGGAAGUGGAAAUGAAGAUCAGAAGUUCAAGAUCAUCCUCAGCUACAUAAUAAAUUCUGGGCUAGCCUGGACUAUAUGAGACUCUGGGGGUUUUUUGGUUAGUUUUUUUUUUUUCUAUUUAGAUAAAUAAGAUAAUAAGUUAACUAAGAUGCUAGGGUUAGGCUGGGUAGCAGUGAUUGUUCAAUUACGAUGAUUCUCAGAUGUUUUAAGCUUGGUAAUAGCUUGCAUUGUUGGGGUAAGGGGCUUAUAUGUUGCACAUUUGUGUGUGACGUCUGUUUCUGAGGAAGCCAAGCUCAUAAAUUGGUUAGAAGUAUGUUGUCUGGAGUCUGCAGUUCUCACAGAUUGCCUGCAGGCAAGUUUAUUGUGAUCCAUCUUUAACCUGGGUUGACAAACUUAGAAACACAUGAAUGACCUCCAUUAUCCUCCUAGACCUGAAAAGUAAACUGACUUAAACUAGACUUUACAGCUUUGUUGGUCCUUUAGGAGAAACCUUGACCUGUGUGGGCAGAUUGGCCCUGAUGUUUUGACUAUAUUUUAUUUGUUUCUUGUGACCGCUAUUUUCCUUUGUGAGCCAUCUUCAUCCUUUUCAAAUAUAGGCAAGCGUUAAUGGAGCCUUUGAAUUCUAUCUUUAGUCUUUCUUUAGCAAUGUACUUGGUUCCCUGUGUUUAUAAUAUGUACUAGCCAACCUCUAGAAGGGAUGAUCUUGGUAAAUAUUUUUUGAAUUAUGAUAGAGGCAGGAAUAGAAAACCACUUCAGACUUUGACCUUUGUAUGUCUCUUUUCCUAGAAGUAAAAUUAUUUUCACUGUUAGGGAAAGGGCAUUAGACCCAACUUCCUGAAGACUUGGAAGACUUGAGUACAUUUUACAUGCUCUCGAGAACCAAGUUGGUUAUUAAUGGGAUGCCUGAAUACAGCUUUAAGGCAGGUAGGACUCAAAACACCCCACCCUCUCUGUUUUCAAGACACACAGAAUAUCAGGGGAUCUAAAUGAAAGGUAGCAGCAAUGUAAAAUCAUUGUAAAAACUAUCACUGAUGCUUAUUCUUACUUGAUACUUCUCACCAAAAACUUACAUUGAAGAGAUUCUUUUCUGGUUUCAUUGAUUGCCAGAAGUGUUGGAAUGAAUGUGGAAACACACAUCAAGUUUGAACUUGUCCUACAUACUGGAUAUAUUCCAUGUGUGUGCAAAUUCAUACAAGUCCCUAAAUGAUCCGUUUUAUCAAUAGGACCUGUGUUGUCCUUUUGAAGUAAGAAAGCACAUCACAGAAGUGAAGUACAAAGCUUGGGCUAACAAGAUACUCCCUUUGUAGAUUUGGAUGUCUCUGGUCUGAGGACCUUUGUACUUAUGUGUCUUGUAGCCAUGGUGUUGGAUUAGAAACUCUGUAAGGACAGAGCCUCCUGUACAACCAAGAAGUAACAGUCACUUUCCUGGCACUGGCUUUUCCAUUUUAAAUGUUUUACUCAUGAAUUUUGGUGAUUGCUUUGUAUAAGAAUGUAUAUACUCGGGGAGUUUGAAUUUAUCCUAGUAAGCUACCUAUUGACCUAGAGUUUAGUUGUAAGAAUUCUAAACCCAAAGUCUAGUCCGAAUGGAUCUGGUUCCAGGUCCAGUCACUUGGGGCUUGUUUUCCUCGGUGCUUGUCUUCAGCCACACAGGUGACUUGGCUCUGGGAGCAGCCUUAAGUAUGAAACAUAAAGGUAGUGGGUAUUAAAUGCAGUGCAUAUUGAUUUUCUUGCUACUGUGUUUAAGAAGUCAGAAUUUCACAGGAACCUGCAGAAACAGGAGUGAAGGUUUGUAGAGGAGGUAGGGGAUAGGAAAGUAGGUCUAAAACUAAUGCUUUUUCUGACCAAUCUGGUAUGGUGUUAGGGCCUACCACAGUGAAGUGCUGUGAAUGGGAGACAAGCAACAGAUUCACCAGACAGUUAUCACUACCAGCAGUGAAGUGCAGAGCUGAGCCACAGGAGGAGGGAAGGGAGCUGCUGACAGUGAACAGUGUCACCAUUGCUGAUGUGUGUGAGAGGGACUGUUUUCAGGGUUCCCUCCUGUAUGGUUUAUUCUAUGUCUAGCUUUGCAGAAUAGAGGUGGUCACAGAAUGUUGAAGGUUACAGACUUUAAGGGCAACUCAGAUCACAAAGCAGAUGCUUAGUGGAAGAGACAGAAGUUUACAAAGCUUGGGCAGAGGUGAAGCAGUCUCUAGUCCUUUUAUAAGAUACUGGGGAAGAUAGUUUCUCUUGAGACUCUGAGUGCUCAUUUGUUUUUCCUCUCACCUCCCUCCUCUUCUUUUAGUUGAAUUUUCUCUAAUGACAAUCAGAGGCAUGCCAGGAUGGGACUUCAGGCCGGAUCCAGCUCUAUCCUUAGGCCUCUCUCCAAUAAUCUCUCCUUGCAAGUAAUGCACCUUGUUUAAUGUAUUUUUACUUUUAAAAAACAAGCCAAAAAAACAAAAAUAAGUUGCGUGUUUGGAACAAAAUGAAAUGCUUUUGGCAUUGUAUCCUUCCUGAUUGCUGUUUUUCCUUUUAAUUUAAAGAUUUAUGCAUUGAAGACCAAGUACACUUAAGGAGAAGAAUGCACUAGAAUACCUAUUAAAAUAACUCCCAUCAAGUUUGAUGGUUAUAAUUUUAAAGGAUUAAAAACAAAACAAAACUAUUUUGAAUGAA